AUGGUUCCAAAUGAGGCGGACUUCCCUGGAUUCUAUUCCGUUCCGAUUGUUGGCAGCGAGAAAGAAGGUUUUAGUCCAGUAUACAGACACCCUAAAUACGAGAAAGUACUAGAUGCAUCACACUAUGGUGAUUUCAAAACUUCUUGGGAUCUUUUCCAAGCUGGAUUGAAAAGAAACCCAGACGCUCCAUGCGUAGGAAAAAGAGAACGGCUUCCAGAUGGAAAACUAGGAAAUUUCCAAUUUAACACAUACUCGGAAUUCUUCCAAACCACUAAAAUAGUGGGCAGUUCCCUCGUUAAUCAUAACCUAGUGAAGGAACAAAAAGUAUCUCACGGUUCCACUCAGUUAACCUGUAAAUUAGUUGGGCUAUUUCUCCCAAGCUGUGAAGAGUGGCUGCUUCUAGAGCAAGCAUGCUGUGGUUACGGUUUUACACUAGUUCCAAUCUAUACAACCCUAGGAACUGAAUCUAUCCUAUUCGUAUUAUCCAACACGGGGCUUGAAUUGUUAUUUUGUACGGAGGACAACGCAGAAAAACUCUUUGAAGUCCUCUCGUUGUCAAAAACCAAGUUACCACUAAAAAAUUUGGUGCUUGUUAACUCAACAUCAGUUAAUGAGAAACUAUUAAAUAACCCACACAAUCUUAAUUUUAUGCUUUGGUCUGAUUUUUUGAAAAAGGGAAAGGAGAAUGAAUUGGAGCCAUCGCCAGGUCAUCCCGACUCCCUUAAUAUAAUUUCGUAUACCUCCGGAACAACGGGCUCCCCAAAGGGUGUUAUGAUCACACAUAAAAAUUUCAUUGACACUGUAUUGGUAACUGUGGAAGGAGUGUGCAGACCGAUGGGAGUAGACGAAAGCUACUUCUCCUGCCAUCUCAGCUACUUACCAAUGGCCCACAUGUUCGAAAAGGACUUUGUUAAUGCAGUUUUCUAUUUUGGAGGAAAAGUUGGAAUCUACUCAGGGGACGUUAAGCUUAUACUCGAUGAUCUGCAGACACUCAAACCAACACUGUUCAUCAGUGUACCACGCCUCUAUCAAAGAAUACAUGACAAGAUCCUCUCAGGAGUUCAAACUAAAUCAGGACUCAUCCGAUACCUCUUCUCCAGAGGACUUGAAUCCAAAAUGAACAGAAUCAGAAACCAAGGAGUUUAUACACAUAGAUUCUAUGACAAAUUGAUAUUCGACAAAGUUAAUAGAUUAUUGGGAGGGAAUUUGAAGUGGAUGUUCGUUGGCUCAUCAUGUUUGAGCGAAAUGGUAAUUGAUAGAGUUAGAGCAAUGGUAGGAAAGCCCUUGUUUUGGGGUUAUGGACUGACUGAGUGCUGUGCAGGAGCAUUUGUACAAAAUAUAAAUGACAGAAACCCAUUGAACCUAGGAGGACCCUCACCAGGAUUCCAGUUCAGAAUAAGGUCAAUCCCUGAACUAAAUUAUUUUGUGGACAAAAAACCAAUUCGAGGAGAGCUUCUUUUAAGAGGAACAAAUGUAUCAAUAGGAUAUUUCAAGAUGGAAGAAAUGACCAAAGAAGUAUUUCAAGACGGCUGGCUUUAUACAGGAGACGUUGUUGAGCUCAUGGAAAAUGGCAGUGUUAAGGUUAUUGACCGCAUUAAGCAGGUCUUCAAACUAUCACAAGGCGAGUACGUAGCACCUGAGUUCGUGGAAUCGGCACUCAACUCUUGCAUCUACAUCGCACAGUCGUACGUGGUUGGAAACUCAGACGAGAACUACCCACUCGCAGUGGUUGUCCCAGACGAGGAGGCACUUAAAAACUGGAAAAAAAACAAUGGAUUGACAAAAUCAACCCUGAGUGAACUGUGCAAAAAUCCACAAUUCAAAAAGUUUUUAUUCAACGAGUUGGAAAAUGUGAUGACGAAAUCAAAUGUAAAGGGAUAUAACAGAGUUAAGGACAUCUAUCUACACGACGAGCUCUUUUCAGUGGAAAAUAAUCUAUUAACAGUAACCUUCAAACUCAAAAGAAACUUCCUGAGACAAAAAUUCCAAAAUGAGAUCGAUCAAAUGUAUGCAUCGCUCAAAAAUUCAGCUGAAUUGUAA